GGAGGUCGGUGCAUUGGUCCGCCCGCCCUUAAAAUGACACUAUAGUGAAAGUUUUAGAUUAUUAUACAUAGUAAAUAUAACUAUUAAAGCCUUGAUAAUGUCCAAAUGUAAAAAAACAAUCAAAAUAAAAUGAAACUGAGGAAAAUAACGUGUAUUGGGCAAGCAAGUGAUAAAAUACUAGUGGCGGGAAACCGUUUUGAUAUCGCCUGACGUGUUGUGUCCUAUGUGUACAUAGAGCGAGUAGAGCCGUCUGCCCUAGAGGGCGGCCGACAUGCUGGAUUCGUCGUGAAUCGAUAUUUUUGGAACGUUGUAGAGCUAAAAUAAUGAGGUUGAGAAUUUAAUACAGGACAGAGGAUGGAAAAUGAGAAAGGCGAACAAUGACAGCAUGUCCCCGCCGCGAGCGAUGACCCCGGGCGCCGGGGGUCGCGAGCCGCCGGCGGGGCCCAUGCGGCACCACGCGCCCCUAAACCCGCCCUCAACACUAUAUUUCAUAAAAAAAUCCACGCUUAUUAGGCUAUACGUAUAUUCACUAUGUGCAAUAUCAUAUUUACGAAACGUCUCUCUACCGCGGAUACGCGUGAACUUUAAUUUUCCAAAGCGUCCGCUAGUUAAGUUAAAAGCGGCUGUGAAUGUUAAAUUACGAACUAGUAUGUUAUAUUCCGAUUUUAGAUGGUUAGUGAAAGCGUUAGAGCAAUUAUUCGUUGUUGCCAAGUGUGUUGUGUGCGUAGCACGUCGUAGGACCUAUGGGUGGGUCACACUGGUACUUUUACUGCAAUACUGCUCGUUUUCGGAAGGGAAACGAGACGAUGACCUACACAUAGGUGGCAUCUUUCCUAUGGAAGGGGAAGGAGGCUGGCAAGGCGGACAAGCUUGUAAACCGGCAGCAGAAUUGGCGCUGGCAGAUGUCAAUGCGAGAUCUGAUUUAUUAUCUGGAUUCAAGCUGCUUCUACACAGCAACGAUAGUAAGUGCGAGCCGGGUCUCGGAGCUAGUGUGAUGUACAAUUUGCUGUACAAUCCACCACAAAAGCUUUUAUUGUUGGCGGGCUGUUCCACUGUGUGCACGACUGUAGCUGAAGCAGCCAAGAUGUGGAACCUUAUGGUGUUAUGUUACGGGGCGUCAUCGCCGGCGCUAUCGGAUCGGGCGCGAUUUCCGACGCUGUUCCGGACUCAUCCAUCCGCCACAGUACACAAUCCAACAAGAAUCAAACUCAUGCAGAAGUUUGGAUGGUCGCGUAUUGCUAUUUUACAACAGGCAGAGGAAGUGUUUAUAUCGACCGUGGAAGACCUAGAAGCGCAUUGCAAGAAAACUGGUAUAGAAAUAGUGACGAGACAGUCCUUUCUGUCUGACCCGAGCGACGCGGUGCGGAACUUGCGCCGUCAGGAUGCUCGGGUUAUAGUUGGACUCUUCUACGUGGUGGCGGCGAGACGAGUGCUAUGCGAAGUUUAUAAACACAAGUUAUACGGGAAAUCUUACGUUUGGUUUUUUAUAGGUUGGUAUGAAGAUAAUUGGUUUGAAACUAAUUUGGAGCGGGAAGGUGUUGACUGCACAGCGGAACAGAUGCGGGAGGCUGCUGAAGGUCACCUCACCACGGAAGCUUUGAUGUGGAACCAAAACGCUAAUCAAACCACUAUCUCGGGAAUGACUUCAGAAGACUUCAGAUCCCGACUAAAUGAAGCGCUCCGGGAAGCUGGGUACGACAUCGAUCGUGAGAAAUUUCCAGAAGGAUACCAAGAGGCACCUUUAGCUUACGAUGCAGUAUGGGCGGUAGCUCUUGCGUUUAAUAAAACAAUGGAGAAACUACAGAAAAGCGGGCUGAGCUUGAAAAAUUUUACAUACACAAACAAAAAGAUUGCAGACGAUAUAUACGAGGCUAUAAACUCGACUUCGUUUUUGGGAGUGUCGGGAUUGGUGGCGUUUUCGUCCCAGGGAGAUCGAAUUGCGCUGACUCAAAUAGAGCAGUUGUACGACAACCAUUAUGUGAAACUUGGCUAUUAUGACACACAAGCAGAUAACCUUACAUGGUUGGAACGCGAGCGUUGGGUUGGAGGGAAAGUACCACCAGACCGCACUGUAGUUGUGAACGAGUUGCGUACAGUCUCGUUGCCUCUGUUUGCCUGCAUGACUGCUCUGUGCAUAGCUGGCAUCCUCGCAGCGAUUGCUCUUAUCGUAUUUAACAUCAUGCACAGACAUCGACGGGUGAUCCAGUGGUCGCAUCCAGCUUGCAACACUGUGAUGCUGUGUGGGUGUUGUGUUUGCUUCGGCUCGGCCAUAGCGUUGGGCGUGGACGGCCGCUGGGUGCUGCCUCAGCACUUCUCAGGACUCUGCGCGGCACGAGCGUGGCUAUUGGCUAUGGGAUUCUCCAUGGCGUACGGCGCUAUGUUCACCAAAGUUUGGCGUGUACAUAGACAUACAACAAAGCCGAAAGUUGAAUCGAAGAAACGCAUGCACGGCUGGAAGCUUUACACAAUGGUGGGUGGUCUUCUCAUAGUAGAUGUAGCUAUAUUGACCGCCUGGCAAAUAAGGGAUCCAUUACAAAGACGAGUCGAGAUAUUCCCACUGGAGGCGCCCCGACACCACGACGACGAUGUUCAUAUACGGCCAGAAUUGGAGCACUGUGAAAGCGAGCACAAUGCUGUAUGGCUCGGUGUAAUGUACGGCUACAAAGGACUAGUGUUAGUGUUCGGCCUGUUUCUUGCCUACGAGACACGCUCUGUGAAAGUCCGAUCCAUCAACGACUCCCGCUACGUUGGCAUGAGUAUCUACAACGUGGUGGUGCUCUGCCUCAUAACUGCACCGGUCACACUGGUGAUAGCCAGCCAACAGGACGCAGCGUUCGCUUUUGUAUCGCUCGCAAUUGUCUUCUGUUGCUUCCUCAGUAUGGCUCUCAUUUUUAUACCUAAGGUGAUAGAAGUGAUCAGACACCCAACAGAGAGAGCGGAGAGUGGUCGUGGCUCCGGGUCGGGAUCCGCUCCCGCAGACGAAGAACGCUACAGAGAACUAGUUAAGGAGAACGAAGAACUGCAGAAACUAAUUGCUCAGAAAGAAGAACGUAUUCGCGUACUGAAACAGAAGUUAGCGGAGCGCGAGGCGGCCGCGGCGGACGGCGUGACGCAAGGUACGGGCGGCGGAGUGAUCGCCGACAUGGCCACGGCCACAUCAGACUAUGGCACUUCAACAAAUUACACGCGCUCUUCCCGCGCUUCUGUGUCCGAUUUGGACUUCUCUGAGAGUUACCUCUAAACUGUAGACCUACCUCACAUACCACUUCAUUCAUUGAUAUAACAUUAAGCAGCUCAUUUGCGCAAAUAUCCAGUCGGCUUGUGCCGUUCUUAUGUCGAUAUUUUCGUUGCAAAUGCAU